AUGAUCAUUUCCCCUUUUAACAAUGCAUCAGUUCCAGCUUCAGCUCAGGCUACCUUUCCAUACCUAUUUGCUGUCAGCAAGUACUUGAAGGUACCGUGUGCUCAUGGCUGUAUAUUUGCUUUGAUGGAUAUUGGGAGCUCUUUGCAUUUCCAAUCAACUGGCAUGAGUGGGAAGAAUAACAUGUGGGUGGUUGAGAUGAUUAGCACUUUAGUCAGAAGGUUAUCCCCUACUCCUAGCGGUGCUGCUCUAAUGUCCGUGGCUUUAAACAUAUUGGCAAAGAUGUUAAAAUGGAUUAGUGUUUUUGUUUCUGAAUUAGAGAAAUUUGGUGCUCUUUAG